AUGGAGCCCAGUGACCCACAGGGAAAAAGAGUCGCCAUUGUCGGCGGUGGUCUGGUGGGUGCAUUAAAUGCCUGCUUCUUUGCUAGACGAGGUUUCUGUGUUGAUGUUUAUGAAGCCAGAGAAGAUAUCCGGGUGGCCAGCUUUAGCCGUGGCAGAAGCAUCAACUUGGCCUUGUCCCACCGAGGACGCCAAGCCCUCCGAGCUGUGGGGAUGGAGGAACAGAUUGUGUCCAAAGGCAUUCCCAUGCGGGCAAGGAGGAUACAUAAGCCAUCAGGGAAGAAGUACUCCAUCUCUUAUGGGAAGAAGAACCAGUAUAUUCUCUCUGUGGACAGAGCAAACUUAAACAGAGAGCUGCUAGCAGCUGCUGAGAAGUACUCCAACACCAAACUGUACUUUGGACACAAGGUCCUGGGAUGCAACGCAGAAUUGGGGAAGUUAACCAUAAAAAGGAUUAGUCCAGGGGACUCUCUCACUUUCAGAUCUGACCAGCAGCCCUUGGAACUCACCUACGAUCUGAUUGUGGGAUGUGAUGGAGCCUUCUCAACAGUCAGAAAGCAGUUCAUGAGGCAAACACGUUUUAACUACAGUCAUGAGUACAUUCCUCAUGGUUAUAUGGAGCUGACCAUCCCUCCCAAGGAUGGAGAUUUUGCCAUGGAACCAAACUACCUUCAUAUCUGGCCAAGAAACACCUUCAUGAUGAUCGCGCUGCCCAACAUGGACAAGUCCUUCACCUGCACCCUCUUCAUGCCCUUUGAGGAAUUUGAGAAACUCUCAACGGGUGACCAAGUGCUGGAUUUUUUCCAGAUCCACUUCCCAGAUGCCAUCCCCCUCAUUGGAGAGCGAGAGCUGAAGCGCGAUUACUUUUUGCUGCCAGCCCAGGCCAUGAUAUCUGUGAAGUGCUCGUCCUACCACCUGGCUUCCCGGUGCGUGCUGAUGGGAGACGCCGCGCAUGCUGUUGUGCCCUUCUACGGGCAGGGCAUGAAUGCAGGCUUUGAGGAUUGUCUGGUCUUUGAUGAAUUAAUGGACCAGUUCCACAAUGACCUUGGUGUCUGCCUCCCUGAAUUCUCCAGGCUGAGGGUGCCAGAUGACCAUGCCAUCUCGGAUCUAGCCAUGUACAACUACAUAGAGGUAAUGAUUGCUCCGUCACAGAUGCGCGAGCACGUGAAUUCAAGAUGGUUCAUUUUCCGGAAGCAUGUGGACAACUUCCUCCACACCCUCAUGCCUUCCACCAUCGUCCCACUGUACACUAUGGUGACCUUCACGAGAAUUCGCUACCAUGAGGCAGUUCAGCGCUGGAAAUGGCAGAAAAAGGUCAUUAACCGAGGGCUCUUUGUCAUGGGAGCAGUAGGACUGGGUGGUACCUACCUGCUCAUAAAGCGCCUAGGACGGGAUGCAGACUUCUGCAUGGAAAACUUGUGGGGCUGGUCCUGCUAUCUAAAGAAUAUUGGAGAUUUUCCAUUUGGCACACAAGUGUCUUAA